AUGUAUCUUCCCAAAGACCACGCAGAGUACGACGUCCCCACGCUGCACAACUUCAUCAAAGAGAAUCCCUUGGGAAUCAUUGUCACUUCAUUGCCAUCGCCGAACUUCCCCGCCGUCCAGCUAUCCCAUGUCCCAUGGGUUCUUGACAUUCCUGACGACAGCAGCGGGCUGGGGAAGCUACGCGGUCACAUGGCCAAGAUGAACCCUCACUCGAAAGCCAUGAUCGAAGCGGUGCAAGCCGCCAACCCAUCCAACGGCCCACUCCCUGAAGACGUCGUCAUCGUCUUCAACGGCCCUGUCCACCACUACGUCACGCCGAAGUUCUAUAUCAAAACCAAGCCGACCACCGGCAAGGUUGUGCCAACGUGGGACUACACGGCAGUGCAGGCAUAUGGCAGGGCCACCGUCUACUGCGACUCGCGCAACCCGGAGACCGGCGCUUUCCUGCAGCAGCAGGUUACUGCCCUAUCGAACUACGCCGAGACCGACAUCAUGGGCUAUACUGGCGAGGAGGGCAAGCCAUCGGCGUGGGAGACCAGUGAUGCGCCGGAUCGCUUCAUCGAGUUGCUGAAGAAGAACAUUAUCGGCGUGGAGAUCGAAAUUACCAGACUGGAGGGGAGGUUCAAGAUGAGCCAGGAGAUGGAUAAGGAGGAUCAGAUCGGCGUUGUCCAGGGAUUCCGGGCGCUCAAUACUGAAGUUGGACUGAUGAUGUCCGAGACUGUAAGGCAGCGUUGUGUGGUAGUAGAGAAGUAG